AAGGAAGUGACCAAAAAUAACAUUUCACUUGGCCACACUGAAUCACGCACACACCCGCUUCAUAAUUCAAACAAACGGCAAAUUAGUAUCUUCUCACAAUAGCAGUUUUUUAAUUUAAUUUUAUUUGUUUGGACCAAAUUUGUGUUCUUGUUUUGUUAUAAUUUGAUCGGUGUCGCCAUGUCCCAUCCCAACAACAAUGUGCUGCGCCCCAAGGACAACGCACUGUCCUGGAAACCGGAAAACUCGGCUCAUGUCCUUGGCUUGCAGAAGAAAAACUUGCUUCAGACGAAAAAGCCGAACGGCGAAAACUUGGCACCUGCGGUGAGCAAGCCGCUUCCAAUGACCAGUAAACCCGGAGCAGGAGGAACCAGCGUCCAGGCGGCCUCAACAGCUCCACCUGCAGCUCCUGUAUUCCAAAAGCCUCUGGCGCCCCCAGUGAAGAAGGCUCCCUCUGAGUUUGUGGCUCCUGCACCAGUUGCAGCUUCUAAGACUGAUAAACCCUCCACGGCUGCUGCCGCAGACACCUCUGGAGCCACAACAAGCACUAAUGCAGAGAAAGGCAAGACUGAAUCCCAGCCUCCGAAGGCAAAGAAAACAUGGCAGCUAAGCAACUUUGAUAUCGGCCGCAUGCUGGGCCGCGGAAAGUUUGGAAAUGUGUACUUGGCCCGCGAGAAGGAGUCCCAGUUUGUGGUGGCACUGAAAGUUCUCUUUAAGCGUCAAAUUGACGAGUCAAAAGUGGAGCACCAGGUGCGCCGUGAGAUCGAAAUUCAGUCGCAUUUGCGACAUCCGCACAUCCUACGUCUCUAUGCCUACUUUCACGAUGAUGUGCGCAUCUAUUUGAUAUUGGAGUACGCGCCCCAAGGUACUCUCUUCAACGCCCUACAAGCUCAGCCUUUGAAGCGCUUCGAUGAACGCCAGUCGGCCACUUACAUACGCUCCUUGUGCUCGGCUCUUCUUUACCUACACGAACGGGACAUCAUCCAUCGAGACAUCAAGCCGGAGAACCUUCUGCUGGGCCACAAAGGCGUUCUCAAGAUCGCCGACUUCGGCUGGUCCGUACAUGAGCCCAACUCCAUGCGCAUGACGCUCUGCGGCACGGUCGAUUAUCUACCUCCAGAAAUGGUCCAGGGCAAGCCUCACACCAAGAACGUUGACCUCUGGAGCCUCGGAGUGCUGUGCUACGAACUGCUGGUGGGCCAUGCUCCCUUUUUCUCGAAGACGUUUGACGAGACCUACAAGAAGAUUCUGAAGGGAGACUAUAAGCUGCCGGAGCAUGUCUCCAAGGCGGCGGCCCACUUGAUUUCCAAGCUUCUGGUGUUGAAUCCACUACAUCGCCUGCCAUUAGACCAGGUGAUGGUACACCCCUGGAUCCUGGCGCACACGCAGUAAAAUUCCCGUUUUGAGUUGUUCUUUCAUUGAGUUUAGUUAAGCGGCAGCGCGAAUAUAAUUAAAUCUUAAAUAUUUAUGUAGCCAGCUACCAGAAAAUAACAUUUAUGCAUUAAGUUUAUUAUUAUCAUUACCAAUAAAGUUUGUGUGUGUUUACAAUCA